AGAAGAAAAAGAACCAUAGAAACGAUUAAACAAAGAUGGCGGCCUCAGCUGCUGUGUUCUACUGCACUUUAAACCUAUUCUGUUUAUUUCUCUUGUUUACGGCCGUCACUACAAACGAAAAUACAACGAGCUACAACUUGAAUACGACUGUGUUUGGUGACCAGAACGUCACAUAUAACGUUACGGACAAUUAUGCAACUACACAGUUUGACUCAACCCCAACACCGAUCUACAGCAGCACAGAGGAGGUUCAGCCGACCCUGCCCACUGAGCCCCUGCCCGUCUCCGGCCGCCUGCUCACUCCUGUCACCAACGUUGACAGGUUGUGUCCCUGUGACGAGCACAAGGACGUGUGUGACAUCAACUGCUGCUGUGACAGAGAGUGUAGUGAGGAGGUGGCUCUGUUCACCGGCUGCUCGGUGGACACUGUCAGUGGCAACAAGCAGCUGUGCAGCCAUGAUGUAGCGUCCUAUUCUUUAGGGAGUGCAAUAGAUGGCUACUCAGAGCUACAGUCGUCUGUCCAGAAGGAGACUAAUUAUGACAUCUUCUGCAUUCAGUCACAGAACCGUGUUGAUGGAUUAUCUCAUCCCUCACCCGCUCUUCCAACUGACAGCAACUUUGACUCGCUCUUUAAACAAUUUACCAGCUUCGUUUUCGGCUCAGAGGAGAGCAGUGGUCAGGUGUCCACUGCAGAGCUCCAGGCCCUGUCUGGAUACCAGUAUGGGGAUGUGAUGGUGACAGCAGGAGUGAGUGGACAGAGAGGGAUGUUCUGGCUGCCAGCUCCUGGUGUCACUGCUGACUGUAUGGACACAAGUCCUGCAGCAUUCCUAAAGGAUCAGAGCAAUCUGUGUUCCCGGCGUGUGGUCCUGAAGCAGGACUGUAGCACUCUGCUAGCCCUCAGCAUGGACACCUACACUAACAUCCAGCUCUUUGUUGGGAGGAAUAAAGAUACAGCAGUUGUUCCUGUGGAGGUGGCUUCAGUUGUCCUGCAGUCUGUAGAUGGGACUCAGACUGAGCUACAGAUCAGUGGUGGAGAAAACCUCAACCCCGUUCUCCUGAACCCCAUCCUCUGUGAAAAUGUGGUGUUGAAGGUUGUCUAUGUAAUUAAGUACAACCCAGCUGGGGAGAUAGUGACUGUGACGGUGUCUCUGGUGCUUGGAUUUGUCCAUGAAGCAGCGCUGCCCCUGGAACAGGAGUUUCAUAUCACAUUUGUCCAGGAGAAUGGGGAGGAGGUGGCUGUCCAAUACAGUGGAAAUCCAGGUUAUGUGGUUGGACUACCUCUUGUGUCUGGAACCAGAACAGCAGACGGGAUUGCUAGAAGCGUAGACCCCAGAGACACACUGUCUCUUCUCCACAGCGCUGAGGACCAGGACUGUCUGCAGGGACCACGUCAGCGCUCCCCUGUCCUGUUCGGUCUGGACUCUGUGUCCGGCUGCACAUUAAGACUGGAGGACGCUGCCAACUGCUCCCUGGUCUUUCAGGCGCUUCUGGGUGUUCUGAGAGGACCAAACUAUCCCCAGUAUGUGGCUUCCUUUGGAAACUCCCCGUUAGACUAUCCACUGGACUGGGUGCCAGUCAAGAACAACUUCAAUAGCCGGGAAGCACAGAGUUGCAGCAUCCCAUUGUCACUUCAUUUAGAAAUUGAAUGGACUAAAUAUGGAUCUUUGGUGAACCCCCAAACUCAGAUUGUGAGCAUCAAAGAAGUAAUCCAAACCAACACUAGCAGUUUGGCCCUGUUGUCUGGAGGCAGCGGCCUCCUGUCAAUCAGGAGCUCAGUGGCCUUCGUACCAGCUUCUGCUGCUGCUCUUCCUGGUUACCGAGCCACGCCCACCAUCAACGCCAAACUACCCUUUGACUUCUUCUUCCCUUUCGUCUGAACAGUCCACUCACCAGUGUACAGUAACAUUUACCGUACACACUGGUAUGUGGCGUUUCUGACAGCAAGCACUGUUUGUAUGAUCCAUCUGUUACUGUAUAGUGUGUCAAUAAUAUAUAUGUUUUGUAACAAGAUUUUUUAAUAAAUGACAUUUUUUACACAA